AUGACGCAAAACAUCUUCCAUGCUGACUAUCCAUGGACGAGUCCAGAUGUUCCGCUCGUGGUCUCGGCGCCUAUGAUGAAGAUCACGUUAGGCAGUCAUGCCGUCUCAGUAUCUUCGAGCGGCGGCCUUGGAUUUCUUGCCGGCGGAUUUGACUUGACACCCUUAGCCAAUGAUCUGGCAGAAGCAGCAGAGUUUGCCAAAGCCCAAGAGGUCCCUUUGCAUAACGGGUGUCUCCCUAUCGGCGUGGGAUUUCAGAACUGGGGAAGCGAUCUGCAACUCGCCCUCGAAGCCAUCAAAAAGCAUCCCGUCGCAGCGGUGUGGUUCUUCGCGCCUAAGCAGUUAAGCGACUUGCUAGAAUGGGCUAGAGAGAUUCGCACAGCGACCGAGAACAAGACGAAGAUAUGGAUCCAGGUUGGCACGGUUUCCGAAGCUCUGGAAGUUGCCAAGACGGCGAAGCCGGAUGUGCUGGUAGUACAGGGUGCUGACUCUGGGGGUCAUGGACUCGCGCACCGAGCAAGUCUGCUGACCUUGUUGCCAGAAACCGUAGAUGCUUUGGCGGAAGAGGGCAUCAAAAUCCCCAUCGUGGCCGCUGGAGGUAUCAUGGAUGGAAGAGGCUCCGCAGCUGUUCUGGCACUAGGGGCCGACGGUGUAGCUUUGGGCACAAGGUUUCUCGCCGCGAAAGAAGCCGUCAUCGCGAAAGGCUACCAAGACGAGGUGUUAAGAGUCAGCGAUGGCGGCGUCAGCACAGCUGCAUCAACAAUAUAUGACGUCGUGAGAAACAUCCAUGGAUGGCCGCAGACAUAUAAUGGUAGGGGAGUGGUCAACAGGACAUAUCAAGACGCCAAGCAUGGAAUGAGCAAUGAAGAGAACGUGCAGCUCUACAAAAAAGCAAUGCAGCAAGGAGAUUCAGGAUGGGGACCUGAGGGUCGGAUGACAACCUAUGCUGGAACAGGUAUUGGGCUCGUGAGAGAAGUUUUGCCUGCGGGUGAUAUUGUAAAGCAGGUUCAGCAGGAGACUGUAAAAGUCCUGCAGAAAUCGACGGCUCGCUUCGCCCCAUAG